AUUUUCAAACAUUUUAACCACACUUCAGACGAAGAAUUAAAGCCUAAGACAUUAGAUUUGGGAACCAAUGAAGACAUUGAUUCUUAUGACUUAACCAUUGAUAAUAAGUACUAUUCCGCAGAAAUAUAUUUAUUUGACUUAAAAGACAAACAAAUAAUUUCUAAGCGUUUGACUGAUUGUGUCGAAGGAGUUAUCAUUUACUUUGAUUUGGAUUUGAAUGAAGAGUCCAGUGCAGCUGGUCUCGAGUCGUGGAAGACAUUCACCGAUCAGUUUAAUAAUGAGAUUAAACUAUUGGUUUGCGAUCAAAUCGAUUGCAUUCCUCCCGAGAAAAGUGAGACAUUAAUGAAGUGGUGUUUAGACAAUGAGUUUGAAUUGGUAGAGCUCUGUCCUCGAGAUGUCUCCCAUGAAGACGACGACGAAGUAGAGGACCCGUUCCAAGAAGACGGCGAUGGGUUCACUCGCAUAUCACAAGCUAUUCAGGCCUAUAACUGGCCCAACAGUUCCCUCAAAGGUUUGUCUCAUUAUUUUAGACAUCAAAUACACUCAAAUGUCAAUCAAAUGUCAAUCUCUAUUCCUGCAGACUCUCCACAGUAUAAUCCUUCGCCAAAAUUUAAGGACCUAUUAGACAAAGAAGUCUUUGGAAGUAUUGGAGACACAAACGAAGUGAAAGAGACAGACAAUGAAUUAGAAGAUUUCGAGCAUUUAUUUGAGAAAUUUAAUCAAAUGAAAUUGAAAUCUUCGCAAAUGAAUGAAACCGAUAGACGACAUUAUGCCGAAGAAGUGACACUCGCUUUCUGGAGAGCCAUCGGUGGUGACGAACAAGAAAUUGAAGGCUUGGACUCAACUCUCCAAUGAAUAACACAUUAAAUCAUUUAAUGACUAUUUGUAUGAUACAGUAAUUGUAAAAUGUUUUUGUAUUAUAAAUAUUUAACAUAAAUGUUUAA